GCCCGCGCACGUUUACUCGUUAUGCAAUCGGCGCGAUCGUACGUACGUCCGAGCGGAUGAGUAUUUUUUUUUUUUUUCCGAUCGCCGCCGCGCUCGUUAUCGCCGACAACUCUGAAUAUUAUCGCCACGGCGAGAGAACGUGUCCUCAGUUGGAAAUUCCAGUGAGCAUCAGUGACGACGGGACGUAAUACCAGACGCACCAGGAGCACGGUGACGCGAAUCGAUGUCGUCCACGAUUCUGAUACUUUCCGGUCUGUUGCUCUCGUUGAUAUCAGGAUCAACGAGAGCAGCAGAGGACGAGCAGAGGACGUAUGGCCUUCCGUGGCAACAAACUCUCCGAUAUUGGUGGAAAAUAUACAACGCGUACAGCGAGGAGGUGUCCCUCGGUUACUGCUGGGCGAGCUAUUUGCUCAAGAUAAGCACCGAGUCGCCGACGAAUCUGUCCAUCGGAUCGACCUCCGCGGAGGAUCCAUUUCCGCGAGACGUGGCAGCCGAUGCGGUGGCGCCGAUCCUCGGGGUAGGAAGGCGUCUGCGAGAAAAACGCACGCUCGCGGGAUCCGUUGUUACCGAGCCCAUGAACCAUCCUGGCGAACGCCGAGUCGCCGCGCGAUCGAGGACGAUUCAAAGGCGAAGGAGGUGGACGGCGAGCGAAACCAGGCGAGCCUCCGGAGCCGUGUCGAAUUAUACGAAAUGGAAUAGGAAAAUUGACGAGAACGAAAGAACUGCGCCGAUCGAUUAUUACCCGGGGAGAAGACGGCGAGCGCUCCUGUCGAUCGUGCCGGAACUUUCGCGGGAGGCUCCACGAGACGGUCACGAGCUUUCAUCUCGCGGGAGCAGUUCGCGCGUCGUUAAUCCGACGCCUAAUCCCAGGGACGAAGACAAAGUCGAUUUCGGAUCGGCGGCGCCGGGGGCGGAGGAUUCGCGUCGUAAAGUUUUACGUUCGCUGACGAGCCAUCGUGACUCUUCCGUCGAGGACGCUUUCGCGUCGCGUUCGUUUUCACUCCAAGUUACCCGUGGAGGAUCAGCGGGCAACCGACGGUUUCCCUUUCGACGGUAUUCGUCGUCGGAAAAAGGAGAUUCAAGAGUAGACGAGACGUUAUCCGAUCCCUGGACGCCGCAGGAGGAUCCCGCAGGACGCCGAGUCCCUUUAAACAACGGCGGAAGUUCCUCGGCGCCGUCGCAGCGGCCUCGCACGAGUGUCGUAAAGUUGAUGGAUUUCGGGGGAAAUUCGUCGUGCGAUCCGACGAUAAAUUCGAGGACGCCUCGACGAAAGCCCGAGGAAUUAUCCCGCGAUUCGCUUUUAUCGCCUCGGGGCGGAAGCGCCAUUGCCGAACGAUCGUUUCCUCAGUCUCCGGGAAGUGGAGAAGGAGCUGUUAAAAGGGACGCGCUCUUGCAACUCAAAACGGUCAGCGGAAGCGACACGGGGAAGCGACACCCUCGGCGACGCGGAGCGGCGGAGAGCUCGACGGACGCGACGAUACAUCCGCUCUUUUCGUCGGAAUUCAGGCGGACGCGCCAACAAGUGCUCCCCGAAAAUCGUGGCGACCCGACAACUCCGCAGAAAUCGAGAGAGGAGGACGACGACCCCGUCCGAACCGCGCGUUCGUUAUCUAACGUUGGACAAUUUGUCGAAGCUGACGAGAACUCGGCAUCGACCCGUUCGACACUGAGCGCCCUGCAAGAUUCUCGAAAUCCAGUUCAAUUUGCCGCCCAGUACUUCGAGUCUAUGCGUUCAUUUAUCGUCUCUAUUUUCAGGACAUUGGGAAUGUUUGUUCAGGUAGGUCGGCAGGUCAUGGACGCCGUACAAACGAAUGCGGGCCUCACUUGUACGACGGACUACUUGCGGACGAAAUUUGUCACUUGGCUAGCGACAGAAAGUGACGAAAAACUUGAGAAACGUUAACGUUAUUUCUCUUCUAAAUCUUCGAGCACUCGGACUCGAAAGCUGAUGUCGUUUAAUAAGUCUGUAAAAGGAAAGAUCCACGAUUUCGUAGGCGUGUUUGUUGAUACAUGACAAAUUUUCACUUCUACGAACUAAAACUACGUCGCCCGAUAACUCGCUUAUCGAGACACUUCGAUCCUUAUUUGUUAAAUUUACCUAAGUCCUUCGAACUUAUACAUAUGUUAAAUUUACGAAGAUUUCGUUUUGUAUCGCGACGAAAUUGUUCAUAUUUACACUGCUUGCGCGGAUUAAAGCAUUGGCAUAAAAAUAAACUGAGCUCUGAU